AAAUUUGCAAUUCAAUCAACAGUAAAGCAGUAGACAUUGCCAUCGAUCUUUUCUGGCAAUUUUCAAGUUGCCGUCUGCAUAGAACAACAAAAAGGCCGUGUUUUGUUGGUGUGAAAAAUGUCAAUGGGGAGUGACACAGGCUCGACGUGGGUUGGUAAGAAACCUCUGAGACGUAUUGGUGGCAUGUCUGAUGCCCUCUCCAUUGCCUCCGAUCUCGGCUUCUCCGUCGCUCCACCUACUUCCCAGGAAGAACUUCAAAACUUAUGUGCGAAUGGUGGUGAGAAGGGUGAUGAUUUGAUAAGAGUACUAAGAGAAUUAACUGCUGUACAGAGGAAAAUAGCAGAUCUGCAAGUCGAGCUUCAAGGUCGAAAGGAUGAUAAAAACGUUGCACAUUUGACACAUGUAAGUGAAAUGGAAAAGAAGAUUGAGACUUUAUCAAGGAUUACUAGUAUACUAAAAGAUGUCAUUCAGAAUAAGGAUCGCAUUAUAGCUCGUCUUCAACAACCAUAUUCACUAGAUUGCAUUCCAGUGGAAGCAGAAUUUCAGAAACAAUUUUCAGAGUUGCUGAUGAAAGCAGCUAGUGACUAUGGAGCCUUGACAGCAUCUGUUGCAGAUUUCCAAUGGAGUCAGAAUUUUAAGGAGCCUCCUUCAGUUUGGGGGGAGAUGCUCCGCCCAAUUCCUGUUGCUUUAGCAUCAUGCACCCGAUUCUUUGAAGCCAUGUCUGCAAUGAGAGAAUCAUUUGCAACACUUCAAAAUCUAAGGGUGGGUCAUUCAGCCUCAUCAUUGCCCACAACACCGGCCAAGGAUUUGUCACAGAGACUACCAGGUGAGUCUGAUUGUGUUACUCCACCUCCUUGGAGAAAUGAAUCCAGUUUUGAUGACUUGGCUAUCAGAAGCCUACAAAGACAAGAACUUGCACAACAAGAAGCUGAGGUUGAAAAUAGUGAAGCAAGCAACUCAAAUCAGUAUGAUGGGACAGGUAAUAGAAGAUUGUCUUGGCCUCUUUCAGUUAAAAAGAGUGGUAGUUAGUAAAUUUCGGUUGUCACCCAUGUUGUAGUUUCCUCAAAAUUUUAGUGUGAAAUGUUUCUACUGUGAUGGAUAGCAGUAUUAAAUAACUUUGAAAAAGAAAAAAAAGCCUCAUUCUUUUGUGUAGGAAUGGGUAAUGUUGGAAGUUUCA